AUGAAAAAGGGUGCAAAGGGAAAGGACUUUCUUAUAGAACAGAUUUGGCUAUGGAGCAGCAUUUCCUUCAUUACUAUCUACAGUAUGAUACUGGUCAAGGUAAUAAGUGGGCUGGGAAUAAAUAAGAGGGUACUUCACAUUGGAUCCUGCUUAUCUCUUAUAGCUACAUACAGCUCCUGCAUAUUCUUUAAGAGCUCAGCAAUAAACAUCCAAAAGCUUCUGAAAGAUGGGAACUUUAGAUGCCUGCUAGUAGCAUGCUCUUUGCUAAGCGUCCGAAGCAUGGUUAUCCCUAUGAUGCCCUUCUUGCUAAUGUCCACACUGUCGGUUGCUGGGUAUAUUAACAAGAAUAGAAGCAAGUUUGAAAAAACAUCAGUUGUAGGUGCAGCCCACAAUUUGGCCAUCCAGAAGGACCAGAUUACUCUGUUUGCACUGAAGAUUGAGGUUCUCUCUCUUCCACUGAUAUUCCUGCACUUAGUUCUAGGAAGUGCUGAUUUGUUCCUGUUUGUCAGCUAUGCUAGCAUGGUGUGGUACGAGUACACAACAAACCCACGCAUGAAGAGUGCAGUGUAUGAAAUAAUUGAAGUAAUAGACAGAUUAGUUGGCUCCUCAAAUGUACCGCAUUCACUUAGAGAGAAGUAUUCUUUGCUCAAAGAGUACAUUAAAAUGAGGUUGCCGGUAAGUGAAGGAAUGGAUGCCUCUGGUCAACCAAAGAUAUCACAGGUGCAUAGUAAUUAG